AUGAUUGGCUUAGGCUACCUUUGUGAGGCCAAUGACGGCUUGCCCCAUUCCCUCCCCAAGGGGGCCCUGUGGUGUCAGGACUCCUCCUGUGGCAACGCCUUGAAGGCCCUCCAUAACCUUGCUCCUCUGUACCUCACUGACCUCUUCCGCAUCUUCUGGUCCAGUCACACUCUCAGAUUUGCCUCCUAUAAUGUGACAAAACAUGAGGAGAACUGCAGCUAUCAAGCUAUUUUGGACAAGCUCAACCUGACAACAAACAAACAACGGUUUACCAUGAGUCGGCCUGUCAAACACUUUAAAGGCGUUACUUUUGUAUACUUCGGAAUUAUGAUUUCCUCCAUUCUUGAUGUGAGAGAAGUUGACCAGACUCUGAUUUCACAUAUUCGCAUUUAUAUGGAUUGGUUCAAUCAACACAUUUACUGGAGUCCAGAGGACUUUUGUGGACUUAGAAAUGUCAAAGUUCCCACGACGACUUUAUGGAAACCAGAUAUAACUAUUACAGAAAUGGUUGAGAAGGACAAGACCCCUGUGAGUCCUUAUCUUCAAAUAUAUUAUAACGGCCUUGUGAAAUACUCUAAUGACCAGGUGGUGGUCAGCUCCUGUAAGAUGCAUGUUUACAGAUUCCCCUUUGACAUCCAGAAGUGCAACCUCUCCUUCAGGUCUCUCAUUUACAAUGAUGAAGAAUUAUAUUUAACUUUCAUUGACAACAAUGCAGCAAUCACCAACUGGUCCCGCAGCGUGAUGCACACACAGUAUGAGUGGCUGUUCUUGGAGUUGACAGUAAACAGAACAACGGAGCAUUUGUACAUCGGUGAAAACCAAACCAUCGUUUUUUACACUAUUCACAUGAAGAGGAGGUCAGUCCUCUACAUCGCUAACUUCUUGGUGCCUGUCCUCUUCUUCUUUUGUCUGGACUUGAGCUCUUUCCUGAUAUCAGACAGUGGGGGAGAGAAGCUCAGCUUCAAGGUCACUGUGAUGCUCGCCGUCACAGUCAUGCAACUCAUUCUCAAUGAGAUUCUGCCUUCCUCAUCGGACAGGAUCCCUCUUAUAGCGCUCUUCUGCAUUGGGAUUUUUGGUUUAAUGAUGUUGAGCCUCCUGGAGACAAUCGUUGUGAUGUAUUUAAUGGAGAAAGAUGCCGCAUCCCAAAACGAGACAAACAGAGACUUAAGCCUGAAUAGGAGCAAACAAAGUUGUUUAAAAGGGCUGAAGAAAUGUGAAAACUGUGCAUCGAUCAGUGAUGUUUCUCCUGGUCAAACAUCAUCAAACACCAAAGAGGACAGCAGCAGCCAGCUGAUGGAGGCAUCUGUCACUUUGGAAAAAAUCUCAAACGAGCUGGAGCAGAUUGGGAAAACAAUGACAGGCAUGGAGGUGGAAAAAGAAGAGAAGAUACCUGGUUACUGGACCGAUGAGGAUUAG